GCCGUCGGGGUGGCCAUGGUGCUGCUGCUGCUGGUGGCCAUUCCGCUGCUGGUGCACAGCUCCCGCGGGCCGGCGCACUACGAGAUGCUGGGUCGCUGCCGCAUGGUGUGCGACCCCCACGGGCCGCGAGGCCCCGGACCCGACGGCGCUCCCGCCUCCGUGCCCCCCUUCCCUCCCGGCGCCAAGGGAGAGGUGGGCCGGCGCGGCAAGGCAGGUCUGCGAGGGCCCCCGGGCCCCCCCGGGCCCAGAGGGCCUCCGGGAGAGCCGGGCAGGCCGGGUCCCCCGGGUCCUCCCGGCCCAGGCCCCGGCGGGGUGGCGCCCCCUGCCGGCUACGUGCCUCGCAUCGCCUUCUACGCGGGUCUGCGGCGGCCGCACGAGGGUUACGAGGUGCUGCGCUUCGACGACGUGGUGACCAAUGUCGGGAACGCUUACGAGGCGGCCAGCGGCAAGUUCACCUGCCCCAUGCCGGGUGUCUACUUCUUCGCUUACCAUGUGCUCAUGCGCGGCGGUGACGGCACCAGCAUGUGGGCCGACCUGAUGAAGAACGGACAGGUCCGGGCCAGCGCCAUUGCUCAGGACGCCGACCAGAACUACGACUACGCCAGCAACAGCGUCAUCCUGCACCUGGACGUGGGCGACGAAGUCUUCAUCAAGCUGGACGGCGGGAAGGUGCACGGCGGCAACACCAACAAGUACAGCACCUUCUCCGGCUUCAUCAUCUACCCGGACUGAGCAGGGCCCCACCCCCCGCGCCCCCGUCGCCCCCCGCCCUCGCUCCCCUCGUCACCCGCCUUCAGCCGACCCCACCCAAGGCGCCACCCCGUCCUUCGAGAGCCUGGCGGUGGGGCGGACCCUCCCGCUCCCGGAGGCGGCCUUGCUGGGGGGACUCCCCGCGCUCCGGAGUCGGAGCGGCCGGGGGAGGGGGAGCAGAGCGGCCCGGGAAGGGACCCCCCGCGUCCGAGCGCGCGCCCGGGCGAGCCAGCCGGGCGGAGAGGGGCGGGGGUCGGGGCCCCCCUACCGCCGGGAGCUGGGGAACAGCUCCACUGCCCGGAGCUGCAAGCAGAAAGCAAGCCCAGGCAGUAUUUGGCGGUGGUCGUGUGGUGUGUGCGUGUGCGUGUGCGCGUGUGCAGUUGGAAGCGCUCGGAGGUGGAGAGCAGAAACAGGAGCCCAUCUAGGUGGGAGGAGAGGAAACAUCUGGCUGGCGCUGGUCCUCUGUCACCACGACUUUCUCUUACCAUCCUCUCCUCCCUUCAUCUCCGUUUUCGGGCUCCAGGCUCUGGCCUAGCAGCCUUCCUGUGAACUGGAGGGACCAGUGAAUUCUUUCCUAGCAUUUGAAAUGCAUUCUGUACAGUCCCCAUUUCACCCCCAUCCUGCCUAGGCCCUAGGGCUACAGCUGCUGUGGCCUCUUCCAAUAAAGUGAAGUUGGAGAAUG